AUGGCCAUGACCUCUACCGUGUAUACAGGCCCCAGCGCUGGCUCCAGAAGCUUGCUUGGUGUCGCGGGCUCUCCGCACGCACAGAUGCCGCAAUCACCGAUUGCUGCUGUUCCAGACAUGUCGGGCGCACUUCCGAGCCCCACAGGUUUCUCCAGACCACAGAGUCCUCCGCAUCAGCAGCCUGUACAACUAGCAGCAGAGGCUGAGUCUGAGGAGGACUCCAGCGACACGGGCAAUGAGUCGGAGCCAGACGGAUUACGGGUCGCACACCGGCUGUCGGCGCACGUCAUGGGCUGGGGAUCCGUAGCACGGCCUCAACGCCGGGCAUCCAUCGCAGAGCUGCGCGAACAGGGCAUGACUACUGGCCAAGCAAACGCACAGGCUGUCGCACAGCACCGCAAUGAAGUCCUCUUCGACUUGUAUUCUCGCUACAUCAUGUGUGCUGCACUUCUGGCCGUGUUCCUGAGUUUGGUCGUUUGUGGACUCUUCGUUUGGCACAUGUGGGAAUUUUGGAUUUACAGAAAAGUCAAGUGCAAUGGCAAUCUGAGGGUAAUGACACGGGUAGUGCUGGGCAUCUCGAUCUUUGACAUACUGAUGGGCACGAGAGUGUGCUGCACAGAAUUGGACGAGACGAGCCUUCCACGGAGGUGGAGAAUGAAGGACUGUUGUAUAGUGCUCUUGCUCCUGACCAUGGGCAUAAAUGUUUGGGGGGUGCUUUCGCUCUCCGCUGCACAGAUCAGCGGAGUGGAAGACGUAGGCCUGCUGCCCGACUGCAGCGAUGCAGCCCCUGGUCUCUAUGCUGCCACCGUAGCUCAUGGAGUCGGCUUAGUCGUCUAUUCAGUCUAUCUCCUCAUCAGCUUCGUUGGUGUCGGAAAUCUGCUGGAAACAUUGCUGCGAAGAGGCAUGCUGAACUCCCCCUCUGCGGCACCCAAGGGAUGCUUGGAAGACAACACGGUGGCAGUGACUCAAAUCGAGGAUGACUACGAAUGCCCAAUUUGCUUGGAGGAAGUGACCGAAGAAGAGGGAGUCAUGACGAAGGAGUGCCACCACAUAUUUCACAAGCUUUGCCUGCAGCACUGGUUGCAAGUGAACAGUACUUGUCCUUUGUGUCGGCUAAGCCUGGCCAGACGCUAA